GCGCACGGCGCUUCGGUUUGAAGAGAAUACGCCAUAUUGAAUCACCGUAGACUCCUGCUAGCGAUUUUCAGCUAGCUGUUUGAAAAGGACCGGUCUUCUAAUGGUCUUCAUUUGGCGUUACCAUUUCUCUCUGUCUUUGUAACACGGGUUAUUACCACAUUUCUUUAGUCAGUGCAGUAGUGUAUUUUUAACGGGCACAUUGAUUUGCUUGAAGGGGGUUCCGAAAAAAAGUUGAAUGGAUCCGAGGGUGGCUUGGAAUCAGCCCGAGCAGAAAGGACCUGCGAACGCAUCAUGGAUGCGAAUCUGGGAGAUUUCUCAGGUACGAGCGACCUCCGGUCAACAUCAUAAUAAUCAGAACCACAACUUGUGUGUGAAUUAUCCAGCGUCGGACGUUUAUAAAAAUGUUGCGACAUCGAGCAAUGGCAUUAACACCACUGCUAGUCUGAGCAGCAGCCAUCACUGUAUUUCAAACCGUACUACUAAUCACGGCACUUCAUUUUCCUCCUUCGGGUCAACGUUACCCAAAGGCAACGUACAGAACAUAUUGACCCCGUCCAACGCGAACGGUAACAGUGUAACGACAGAUUUGUUGGGAGACAGUGGAAUGCCCCAAAAGACGGAAUCUGGAACGGACAGUCCAUCUUCGAACUGCUCGUUGGGAAGGACUUGCGGUGGCAAUGUAACGGGAAAUAGUAAUAAAAGCCCUGGAUGUGCCAAUCUGUUUUUUAGCUUCAGCGAAAGCAUGCAUAAUAAUGUCAACCAAUUCCACCACCAUCAAAGGCAUCAUCAGGAUCACCCCCAGUACAAUUUCCAACAUAAUUGUGUGAAGCGUCACCCACCAUCACUCUUAAAUAACCACACUCACCAUCCAGGCCGAAGGAAAAGUGACAACAAGGCGAGCACCUAUGGGAUUAAUUACUUGCUUUCUAACUGGACUAAUGACAACCAUGUUAGCUCGGGGACUGGAACUCCUUGGAAGACGAGGAAAUACAGCCCCGGUGUUGAUGGUCUCCAUGAGGAGGUGGUAGACUUCUACAACUUCAUGUCUCCCCAACCCGAGGAGGCUUCUAUGAGGAAGGAGGUGGUCAACAGAAUCGAGACGGUCAUCAAGGCACUGUGGCCUACUGCUGACGUGCAGAUAUUUGGCAGCUUCAGCACUGGACUCUACCUACCCACAAGUGACAUAGACCUGGUGGUGUUUGGCAAGUGGGAACGCCCUCCUUUGCAGCAAUUGGAACAGGCCCUCCGGAAACACAACGUGGCGGAACCAUUCUCCAUCAAAGUGCUGGACAAAGCUACAGUGCCAAUCAUCAAGCUGACUGACCAGGAGACAGACGUCAAAGUGGACAUCAGCUUCAAUGUGGAGACGGGAGUCAAAGCUGCUCUCUUCAUCAAGGACUACACAAAGAGGUAUCCCGUGCUGCCUUACCUGAUCUUUGUGCUGAAGCAAUUUCUGCUCCAGAGAGAUCUCAACGAGGUGUUCACUGGAGGAAUCAGCUCCUACAGCCUUAUCCUGAUGGUCAUUAGCUUCCUCCAGCUCCACCCAAGAAUUGACGCCAGUAGCCCCAACAUCAACCUUGGCAUCCUGCUGAUUGAGUUCUUUGAGCUGUACGGCCGCCAUUUUAACUACCUGAAGACGGGCAUCCGUGUCAAGAACGGAGGGGCCUACAUGGCCAAGGAGGACAUGACGAAGGUUAUGACCAAUGGCUACAGACCCUCCAUGCUCUGUAUAGAGGACCCACUGAUGCCAGGUAACGACGUUGGCAGGAGUUCGUACGGAGCCAUGCAAGUCAAGCAGGUGUUUGACUACGCUUACAUCGUCCUUGGUCACGCCGUGUCACCGCUAGCACGCUCCUACCCCAAUAAGGACAUCGACAGCACUUUGGGGAGGAUAAUCAAGGUGACCCAGGAAGUGAUUGACUACAGGGAGUGGAUCAUGACGAAGUGGGGAGGAAGGCACGUCGCCCGCAUGGAGAGCCGUGGUUCUGUCCUGGAGCAGGACCCGGCACGGUGUGUGUUGGGUGUAGGUGUGGAGGAACAAAGGGACUCAGUCUCCCCUCACAGUGCAGACUCCCCCAUGUCCCUGUCCAGUCCUCACCAACACUCCUCAGCCUCCUCGGUCUCCUCUCUGUCCGGGUCAGACAAUGACUCUGAUUCGACGCCAUGCCCUGGCCGCCCUCCGGCGCUGCCCCCCUACACCCUCCAGUCUCUGGGUAUGACUCUACCCCUGGGCCUGGCACUGGGCAAGACUGGCAUCAACCAGCAGCACCUCAUCAUGUCCCCUGGCUCACAGGAAUGUUGAGAUACCUGCCUGACAAUAGGUUAUUGUCCUGCUGAAAUGUGAAUUCAUCUCCCAGUGUCUGGUGGAAAGCACACUGAACCAGGUUUUUGUCUAAGAUUUGCUUAACUCCAUUACGUUUAUUUUCUAUCCUGAACAACUUAGUCCUUAACAAUUACAAGCAUACCCAUAACAUGAUGCAGCCAUCACUAUGCUUGAAAAUAGAGAGGGUGGUACUCAGUAAUCUGUUGCAUUGUGUUCAGGACACAAAGGGAAUUGCUUUGCCACAUUUUCUGCAGUAUUAUUUCAGUGCCUUGUUGCAAACAAGACACGUGUUUUGGAAUAUUUUUUUAUUCUGUAGAGGCUUCCUUCAUUUCACUCUGUCAGUUAGGUUAGUAUUGUGGAGUAACCUCUGUCAGUUAGGUUAGUAUUGUGGAGUAACCUCUGUCAAUUAGGUUAGUAUUGUGGAGUAACUACAAUGUUGAUCCAUCCUCAGCUUUCUCCUAUCACAGCCAUUAAACUCUGUAACUGUUUUAAAGUCACCAUUGGCCUCAUGGUGAAAUCCCUGAGCGGUUUCCUUCCUACCUGGCAACUGCGUUAGGAAGGACGCCUGUUUAUUUCUAGUGACUGGGUGUAUUGAUACACCAUCCAAAGUGUAAUAACUUCAUCAUGCUCAAAGGGAUAUUCAAUGUCUGCUUUUUUAAAAAUUAAAAGCAUACCCAUAACAUGAUGCAGCCACCACAAUGCUUGAAAAUAUGUAGAGUGGUACUCAGUAAUGUGUUGUAUUGGAUUUUCCUCCAAUAUAACACUUUGUAUUUAGAACAAAAAGUUAAUUGCUUUGCCACAUUCUUUGCAAUAUUACUUUAGGGCCUUGUUGCAAACAGGAUGCAUGUUUUGGAAUGUUAUUAAUGUUUUUAUAAUAAAUUCAGCCAAUUUUCCCCAUAUUCCCAGGUAUUCCAGAAAUGCUGUUUGGAGGAUUCCAGAUUUCCUGCUUAUUCCUUACUGAAUCCAGAAAUAUUCUAACCAGGAUUUCUGGGAUUUUUGAGAAAGUUAACAGCAUUUUGAAACCCUAAGCAGCACUGUGUCCAAGACAAUAAUGUUGAUCUUAUACUGCACUCACAAAGACAGCCCCAGAUGGACAGCAGAUGGGAUAAGGAAGCAUGGCCGGCUGCCCAAAGAAACCUGGCAAAGGACUAGGGAGAAGGAUAUGAAAACUGGGCCUGUCAUGGAAAGCAAUCCCAAAAGAUUGGCAGCAGUGGCACUCACUCGUGAAAAGCCUUAUGUUUCACAUAGGAACGAAGCAGGUUCAGUGUGUAAGAACGAAUUAACUAACAAAUGAACAAACAAAUGAAUGAACAGACUUCAUUGAUGUGAAUUGAAGUGUCUGUGAGUAUCUGAGAGCCCAGCAACAUGUUCUUACUGAGCUGCUUCAGACAAAGACGGAAAGCUCUCUGUAUGACAUCACAUCAUUAAAAGCCUGAUUAGUCGACUGGCUUAACAAUCCCUGAUUAACACUGCAGCACUCAUCUCGAGCCUGUCGUUACACACACACACACACACACACACACACACACACACACACACACACAUACACACACACGCGUAUUGUAUAGUCUCUCUGGCUCUCUCUCUCUGUCACUGUCUCCAUUCUUUAAUUUUUAUAACAAUAAAACCAUGUUA